AUGCCAAAAUGGCCAGCGGGUGUGGCAGAUGCCGGCGCCGGCAGCCUUCGCAGCACCCUGGCGCUGGUGCAGCCGGGAGACUCCACGACGAUCACGUUUUCCUCGAGCGUCGCCGCGGGCUCGACGAUCGACCUCGCAGCGUCGGGCUCCCUCGUGCUCCCCGCGCUGACCGGCGCCGGCUCCCUGACCGUCCGCGCGCCCGCGGGCGCGCCGCUCGUUGUUAAACAGUCGCUGGCCUUGGGCGGGAACGCGGAGACCGUCCUCGGAGACAAGCUCACGGUCGCCGCGGCCAACCCGUCCGUUUUGGUGGAGUUCAUCAACUUCCACUUUCAAGAGAUGACGUUUGCAGUGGUUGACGGCGAGCUCUGCUUUACCGACUGCAUCUUCAGCUCUCAGGGCGCCAGUGCAGGAGUUGAGUCUAAGGGCGCUCUGAUCAUCUCGGGCGACCGCCCCAAGCUGACCCUGACGCGCGUGACCAUCCAGGGCUUCCGUAAGUGGACCCCGGGCAACGUCGCCUUCAGCACCGGCGCUGGCGCCGCGAUCAUUGCGGACCCCACGUAUUCGGCGGCGUUCGCGCUCCGCCCGACCGGGAUCGUGGCUGUGGUGCGUGCGGGCAGUAGUGUGCUUGCUGGUGGGGGCCCGCGCCGCCGUUAA